AUGAGUUACAAUCAUCGCGUGGCAAUCCUUCUAUUUUUCAUCGGAGCCGCCGCGGCCAUCCCAAACGCCAAGGAUUACGUGGCGCCGAGCGGCUCGAAUGCGACACGAGUGCUCAGAGAAACCGAUGAGACGGCAAAACUAGAAGACGUGGUGCUGGCUGGCCGUCAAGCGGAAGAAGUAGGAGAAGAAGAAGAAGACGAAGGACCACAGGGAGAAGUUCAGUUGGACGUGGCCGAGGAGGAUUUGGAGGAGGAGGAGAAGCCCAAGACGAGGGUGAGAAGAGGAUAUUACGGUGGAGGAGGAGGAGGAGGAGGAGGUGGUGGCGGUCAGCAGAAGCAGCAGCAAAAAGGACAGAGCAAGUACGGAGGAGGCGGCGGUGGAGGAGGUGGACAGAGCCAGCAAGGUGAGGGAUAGAGUUACGGUAGGGCUAGUGUAGGAUGGCUUGCUGUAGAUUUUUCGGACUCUAUCGGCUCAGCACACAGGUUCUGAGUUACUAGGAGAGCUAAAGGUAUUGAAAGCACCAGUAGCGUUUUACAGUACUUUACAUUUCUAGAAGACAUUAGACUACUGUUAAUUGCAGGAAGCAAGUACGGUGGCGGUGGAGGUGGAGCUCAAUCUCAGGGCGGAUACGGGCAGAGCAGCGGUGGCGGCGGCGGCGGCGGAGGAGGAGGCAGCAAGUACGGAGGCGGAGGAGCAAGUCAGGGAGGUAGUCAGGGCGGAUAUUAUUAG